AUUGCGUGAAAGCAAAAGGUCGGAAGAACCCUCCGGGUGCCGGCCUCACUAUAACCUAAUCCGGAGCCAAAGCUCUAGGUGAAAAUCCAGAGCCAAACCAAGAUUCCUCAAGAGUGAAGAAAAUCGAGAGAUCAUGAGAGAAAUCCUUCACGUUCAAGGUGGACAAUGUGGAAACCAGAUCGGAGCCAAGUUCUGGGAAGUCAUUUGCGACGAACAUGGCGUCGAUCCAACGGGGAGAUUCAGUGGCGGAAUGUCCGAUCUGCAACUCGAGAGGAUCAAUGUCUACUACAAUGAGGCUUCUGGUGGACGAUACGUUCCUAGGGCUGUUCUUAUGGAUCUGGAGCCUGGCACGAUGGAUAGCAUCAGAUCUGGACCAUAUGGUCAGAUCUUCCGCCCUGAUAAUUUCGUCUUCGGACAAUCCGGUGCUGGAAAUAAUUGGGCCAAGGGUCACUACACUGAAGGAGCCGAGUUGAUCGAUUCUGUUCUUGAUGUCGUUCGUAAAGAGGCUGAAAAUUGUGAUUGUUUGCAAGGUUUUCAGGUAUGUCACUCCCUUGGAGGAGGCACAGGUUCUGGGAUGGGGACCCUCCUGAUAUCAAAGAUGAGGGAGGAGUACCCGGAUAGGAUGAUGCUUACAUUCUCGGUCUUCCCCUCUCCAAAGGUCUCUGAUACAGUUGUGGAGCCCUACAAUGCCACCCUGUCUGUGCAUCAAUUGGUGGAGAAUGCAGAUGAGUGCAUGGUCCUAGAUAAUGAAGCACUCUAUGACAUCUGCUUUAGGACCCUGAAGCUCAGCACUCCAAGCUUUGGAGACCUGAACCACUUGAUUUCAGCAACCAUGAGUGGUGUGACAUGCUGUCUGAGGUUCCCAGGUCAGUUGAACUCAGACUUGAGGAAACUGGCGGUGAACCUUAUUCCAUUCCCGCGCCUGCACUUCUUCAUGGUGGGGUUUUCUCCACUCACCUCCCGUGGAUCACAGCACUACAUCUCGCUCACUGUACCUGAGCUGACCCAGCAAAUGUGGGAUUCAAAGAACAUGAUGUGUGCAGCAGACCCCCGACAUGGACGUUACCUGACUGCCUCAGCCAUGUUCAGGGGAAAGAUGAGCACCAAGGAAGUUGAUGAGCAGAUGAUUAAUGUGCAGAACAAGAACUCAUCGUAUUUCGUGGAGUGGAUCCCCAACAAUGUGAAGUCGAGUGUUUGUGACAUUCCCCCAACAGGGCUAAAGAUGGCGUCAACUUUUAUUGGGAACUCAACUUCAAUUCAGGAGAUGUUCAGGAGGGUGAGUGAGCAAUUCACUGCGAUGUUCCGGCGCAAGGCUUUCUUGCACUGGUACACUGGGGAAGGAAUGGAUGAGAUGGAGUUCACAGAGGCUGAGAGCAACAUGAAUGAUUUGGUGUCAGAAUACCAACAGUACCAGGAUGCCACUGUUGAGGAGGACGAGGAAGGUGAAUAUGAGGAGGGACUCGAAGAUAACUACGAGGGCUGAAUGGGAUGAUGGUAGCAACUAUUUUGAAAUUGGAAUCAGUUCUUUCAUAUGAUGGGCUUCCCUACCCAUCAGUGUGGAAGGUGCUUAUUCUUUUCCAUUGUUCCUUUUCUUCUUGUGCUACUGCUAUUUUUCUGCUCUCAUAUGACAACAUAGUGUGCUACAUUUUUAAGCUGGCUUUGAAUA